UGCGCACGAGGCAGCAGAGGCGGGGAUUGGUUUGCCGCUGCUCCUCCGGCUCUCCUCAUCUUCCCCUCGUCGCCUCGUCUGCUUCCCUCCUCUCUUCAAGUCUCCUCCCUCGCCGAGCGGAAGCGCGGAGAGAAAUGCGACCGCGAUGCCCCCCUUCCUCCCCUCCUCCCUGCUCCUCCCAAUCCCAGCCCUAACCAUACCCCCGCCUCCUCCUCUUCCUCCUCAUCACCACCUUCGCCGCUUCCUCCCUGCUCCGCUAGCCGCCGCCGCCACCGGGGCCCCGCCGCGACGCCCUCUGCCCGCUCCGCUCGCCGCGUCCUCCAGACCUCCUCCUCGCCAGCCUUACCGUCGCCGCCGCACCGCUCCCCCGCCGCCUACGCGGGCGCCUCCGUCUUCGUCUCCCCAGCAGCCGCAGGAGCGCCCAGCCAAUGCCGCCGCGCGGACUCUGCCCGACGCCCGCGGCCAGGAGGAACUGGAGGCGGCGAUCUACGACUUCAUGCGCCGCUCCGCCAAGCCCGGGGCCUUCCCCACCCGCGAGGAGCUCGUCGCCGCCGGCCGCGCGGACCUCGCCGCAGCCGUGGCCUCCAGCGGGGGCUGGCUCUCCCUCGGCUGGUCAUCCGGCGCGGAGGGUCUCUCCACGACGCCGUCGUCGUCAGGUGGGGGCCACCCUGACUAUCCGCCUGCGGCGGGCAUCUAUGACCGUAACCUAGCGCCGGGCGCUGGGGGUGACGCUGGGAGUGAGGAGGUGGAGGAGGACGAGGAGGAGGCGUCACCGUCUGGGCGGCAGCCGGAGACGGAGGAGACGAGGGAGGUCAGGUUCAAAGCAGGCCUCGAGGGGAUGCUCACCAGGUUGCAGAGGGAUAGGGAGCGGGCUCGGCCUCUGCCGCGGCGCAGUACGGGAGCGGGAGGGCAAAGUGGCAACAGUGGUACCGGAGUGGGAGGACGAAGUGACAACGGUGUUGAAUUUUCGUGUGUCAAGGAGAUCAUUGCCACAACGCAUAGUGCUUUAGUUGGCAAUAACAGCGCUCCUAGUCAUACUGCGGGUGGUAGCAGGUAUACUCCAUGGGUACCUGAGAAUGAAAACAUUCACGGAUCUCAUCCUCAUAAUGGUACACUAGAAGGCAACAACACCUUAAGGAGUUCGAGCAAUGAUGCAUGGCAAACAUGGACCCUUGGCAAGGGUGGCUUAUCUGAUUUUGAAGCUGCUGAGGUCCUUCCAACUGAAAGCAGAAAAUUAUCUGAACAUGAUUCACUAGACAUUGCAAUGGUGGAAGAUCACAUUCACAGAUCAUCUAAUGGUGUGGCUGUAAGCGAUUAUCCUAGUGAUGCUGUAGACUCCGAAAGAGAUGAGAUUCAUUCACGUCUUCAAAAUUUGGAAUUAGAUCUUUCCGCUGCUCUCAAGACAUUAAGAUCAAGAUUUGACAAAGUUUUAUCAGAUAUGUCAACUGGUGAUGGAACAACUGUGCUGGUUGAUGUCUCCGAUGAUUGGGAAUUUGAGGAGACAAAGGUAAUGCAAGCUCAGGAGGAGCUACGAUCAAUCAGAGCUAAAAUAGCUGUAUUAGACGGGAAGAUGGCACUUGAGAUAAUUGAAAGGAACAAAAUAAUUGAAGAUAAACAAAGGAGGCUUGAUGAAGUUGAGAAGGCCUUGAGUGAGCUCCGUACUGUUUAUAUUGUGUGGCCUAAUCCUGCUUCAGAGGUUUUAUUGGUUGGGUCUUUUGAUGGUUGGACUAGUCAAAGAAAGCUGGAAAGAUCAGAAAGAGGCAUUUUUUCCAUAAAUCUGAGGCUGUACCCGGGUAGAUAUGAGAUUAAGUUUAUUGUCGAUGGUGUCUGGAAGAAUGAUCUGCUGCGCCCCACUGUGUACAACAACGGGCAUGAAAACAACCUUCUGGUUGUCACUUGACGUCAACCUGCACCCUGGUAGCAUUUUUGUAGAUUAUUGCCUAGAUCGUUCUCAACAUGAUUGAUGCCAACUGAUUGUAUCGGUCCCUCCUUGUAACUAAUCAGCUUUGCUUUCAGUUAUUUCUUUUUUCUUUUAGAUAGUUGUGUACAACAUAAGCAGUGUAGGGUGUUGUCGAAACGCAUCACCCUGUUGAGAUAGGAUAAGAAAGUAGCUGUGUAUUCUUGGCCCCUGGAGGAGCAUAGCUGUGCUCUCAAAAGGACUUGCAUGUUCAGGUGUCGGUCCACCUUCAUUAUGUGUAACAAUGUGGUGAUGUGCAUAUUCUGUGAUGACAAAAUCGCCUUGUAAGCUUGCAGGUGCUGCAUUUAUCAAUGUGCUA